AUGGAACAGAGUCUGACAUCCACAUUUUACAAUUCUUACAGUCAGUCUAGCAUGCAGAAGUACUUGGCUCCCAGCAGAGAAGAGAGGGUACUGUCCCCUCCCACUCCUGGUAGUUGCUCAACAUCAUCUACCAUUACAGCGGUGAAAGCAAAGAAAGGGGUGAACCUUCUUAGCACUAAGUCGAGGAGUAACCAGUGGAAGGUUGAAUGGGAUGUGCAGUCCGGAGCCAAACACUCCAUUGCAACCGUGGAAGCCAGCAAGAUCAAAGGAGUCCCUGGGGACAUGGCUGCCAGCAUCGAAAUUAUGCAGCUAGACUUUGAGAUGGAGAACUUCACCAGCCAAUCAGUCACCAGAAGAAUCAACUGGAAUAUUGAUUACCGGGGCCAGGAUCCAGUCUCGGAUGCAGAGAAGGUGGUCACAGAGCUGACGGUUGUGCAGAAGGACAUCCAAGCCAUCAUUCCACUUUCAAUGGACACUGAGAUUAUCAACACGGCAGUUCUUACUGGCCGAACUGUGGCCAUCCCUGUCAAGGUGGUUUCCAUAGAACUGAACGGAGCAGUCACUGAUGUGUCAUCCUUUGUGUCCAUAAACUGUGACUAUGUGUUUGUGAAUGGAAAAGAGACGCGUGGCUCCAUGAACGCUCGGGUGAUUUUCAGCUAUGAGCACCUGAGUGCCCCUCUUGAGCUCACAGUCUGGGUGCCCAAACUACCCCUUAAAGUGGAGCUCUCAGACAAGAAACUGAGCUUCAUCAAGGGCUGGAGGGUGCCCAUCUUACCCGACCGCAGAACGGCCAGAGACAGCGAUGAUGAUGAUGAUGACGACCGUAAAGUGAGUCGGGGAUGUACGCUGCAGUACCAGAGAGCCCAGGUUAAGGUUCUGACCCAGUUCCACACAACCUCUACUGAAGGCACAAACCAGAUGAUCACUAUGCUGGGUCCUGACUGGCAAGUGGAUGUGACAGAGCUGGUGCAAGACUCUCUGAAGGUGGUGGACGCCAGGGUGGCUGAGUUGGUGGACAGGACGGUUGAAUCCCCACUGGCAGUGGAGGCGGUACUGGGUGAAACACAGUUCUCUGUGGUAGACGAGAAAGUGUCUAUAGUGGAGUUACGUGUUCAUGCCAUCUCGGGACUGGCACUUAAUCUUCAACCAAGCCCUGGCAACAGCCAUACUAUGGUUGCCAAGGCAACUGGUCUGCAGACUCUCUCCAUUCUUAAGCAGGAGGCCAGUUUGUCCAUCUGGGUUUACUACAGCGACAAUACCGCCGCCCCCCUGAGUAUGUACGACCCUAAAGACUACAACCUCAAUGCCACCACAGCAGACGAUAAGGUGGUUACGGUGGCUCAACAACCCCAGCAACGGUGGCCAGUCAUCGUGGCCGAAGGUGAGGGCACAGGAGAGGUAGUGCAUGUGGAGAUGACCAUCUGCGAAACCUGCCAGAAGACUAAACGCAAGAGUGUCAUUGCUUCGUCUCCUUUGUUCGUCAAAGUCCGCUUUGGACCGGAUGAAGUCUCUGAGGAGGAAGUGGAUACAGAAACUGAAAUAGACACUCAAAUGCCUGCCAACAGAAGGCCCGCUAUCGAUUCCAACGUAGGUGGUGGAGGGUAUGAGCCAUCUAACGAGCAGCCCGCAAGUGUGCCCAUUGAUUACACCAACUUUCCUACAAUAAGCAAUACGGAGGAACCAACCGAAGAAGACGAGGAGGACGACGAGUUUGUGCACAGUCCCCGUAGCAUGACUGACCUGGAGAUCGGCAUGUAUGCUCUUCUUGGGGUGUUUUGUCUUGCCAUUCUGGUCUUUCUUAUAAACUGUAUUGUAUUUGUGUUGAAGUAUCGCCAUAAGCGCAUCCCUCCUGAAGGCCAAGCCAACAUGGACCAUUCCCACCACUGGGUGUUCUUGGGUAACGGGGAACCCCUGCGCACCCAGAGUGAUCUCUCGCCUCAGACGGUGGAAAGCCCCAGCAACACCUUGGAGGGGGUACAGACUUGUUGUCAUGGGGACCACGCCAGCAGCGGCAGCUCCCAGACAAGCGUACAAAGCCAAGUUCACAGCCGAGGAGAUGGCAGCUCCGGAGGUUCCACCAAAGACCACGGAGAAGACGCCAGCUCACCGACCUCCAAACGCAAACGUGUCAAGUUUACCACCUUUACCCUUCCGACGGAGGAUUUACCCUACAACUCCAUCCCCAUUGCCAACGAAGAGGACAUUCAGUGGGUAUGCCAAGACAUGGGCUUUCAGGACCCAGGGGAACUGCACGACUACAUGCGCAGGAUAAAGGAAAUAGCCUGAUCGGGCUAUGUGCUUUCUAAAGACGUUCCUUUCUAUUUUCUUUCUUAAUUUUCACUCUAGAGGAGGUACCUUUCACAAGAAAAACAACCAAGGCCUAGUGUCCACUUUUGUUGGGGUUUUCUGCACAGUGCUGUUUCCCUUACACAUUGACACUUGUACAAACUAAAAAAUAUUCAUGACGCUGCCAGGGAAGCCAAAGACGAGUCUUGAGGGAUUCUAGCAAAAAUGGCUGUAGUGAUGUGUAUGAUAGCUGCUCAGUAGAAGGGUGAGUGUACAAUCUUUAAAGGAAACAUAGAAUUUCAGUUGUGAACAGUGUAUACUGAUAUCAAAAUGGAUUCCUGAAGUACUCAAUCAAGUGUGGGUUACCCUACUGUGGAUAGGAUCUUUCUCAGAGGAAUGCCUGGAGUCUUGGCACUGUGUCCAUUCUUCUUCUUCUUCUCUUUAUUUUAAUUCAACAGAUUCUUCUCCAACAAAGAGGCCUUUGAAGUGCAGAUUCUACUUUUGUCCCAGAUUUGUGUUUGAGAUGGAUCAUUUUCACGCCAUUGUUGAUAAACCUGACACUUAGCCACAGAAACUGUCAGGGAUGUUCGUGAGAACGUGCCAUGGAUUCUUUGUCAGUGUUGGAAAUGUUGAAUGGUUUUAAUCCCCUUGCCCCUUUUCCACGUUAUCUUGGUUCAACACAUGCCUUGGUUGCUGCAUUAGUUCUUCGUCUGUCUUUGGUAUUUCAUACUCAUUCUCAAUCUGGAUGCCACCUGCUUCUUGUCUUGGUUAAGUCUAAUGCCUUAUUAAACGGAUCUCAAUAGUCACAACCGCGUUCUGUGCUGACACCACAUUUGCUCACAUUGGUAAGGGCCAAAGCAGGAGCAACUCUACAGAUGUCUGUAUCUCAAUUAAAUGUGUGUCGGCACAGGAAAGGCAGGAGCUUGUACAUUGUGGAGUUAGAUAUCUUCUCCAACAUUCCUCUGCAUGAAUGGAGACUUGCAGGCACAAUUAGCAUUAUUUUUUUUUAUUUUACUUUGUAUAUGUUUGUAUUGUGAGAAUUAUCUAAUCAUACAUAAAUGAUAAUAGAAGACAUAUCAUGUUACCAUGCAUUACAUGCAUGUGCCAGACCCUCCCUUCUGUGUACAUACCAUGUUCAGUACAUAACGACUUCAGAAGCUUAACUCUUGAUUACUCAGUUAGCCUGAGGAAUAGGGGAGGCAGAUGCCAUAUAGGGACUCGGCAGGCAGAUACUUGAAUUUCAGUGAGGUUCUCUUUUCUCUUUCUCUUUUUCUGUGUCUUUACUGAUCUCACCAUGAAUUCCCAUCCAGGCGGUAAUAGAGUUAAGAUCUCUGGUAAGGAUAAAAUGCUAUGCAAACACACUGGAGGGGUUGAUUAUUGUGUUUAAGUAUCUGCCCCGGAUAUUGCUAUAGCACCAUGGUUACAUUCGUUAAUAUACCAAGAAAUAUCUCAAAACUACAGUAGUUGUAACAUCUGCCACAAUGUAAACUGCAGGUUUUGAGAUUUGUUUAUUUCUUUUUAACUUUGAAGCUCGCUAGAGCUUUGUUAAAGAAAACACCACAAAAUGCGGUAGCACAGUAGAUCAAGCCCGAAACUUUAAACAUUUAGUAGUUUAGAAAGGGGUAAGCUGGUAACGGGUCUGGAAGAUGAUAUCUGAUAUCUGCUGACCUAUCACAGGUUAGUUUCAGGGUUACAUUCCCCCCAGUUUCUUCAGGACACCCAAAUUCACACACUGUAUUAAAUGUUUAUUUCCCCACUUGUAACAUGCAGGAUUUAUGCAUGACUUUGUUUUAAUAGUCGUAUUAGUCAUUUUCCUGUAACAAGGAAGGAACACCUAUUAUAAAAUGUUUAUUCUAUUAUUAUUAUAACAUUAUUUUUAUUUUUUAUUUUUUUAACUCACCCCUAAUUCAAUCAGGGGUCCUUUUCACUCCAGAUAAAAGUCAUAGAGAACUUAUUACUGACACCUCUCCACCUUUCUCCUAUGAUUUGUAGCCCCUUCACCUCUUUCUCAAAGGAUUCGGAUGAGUAAACCAUCGUGUGAUGAAAUGUUAAUUGAUGAUGUAACACGUCAAGGUAUUAGGUUUUGCUAAACAGUUGGAGUGUUGGUCAAAGGUGUAGUUUAACCCACAUUUUAACUUUAUGGAGGCUCAGAACUGAAUGUAAACUUUUCAACUGUACCUUGAUGAUCAAAAUGAACCAUUUCCAAUGUGUUAUUAAGGUCUUCUGAUGGGGUACAUAAGACUCUAUAUGACUACUAGCAAGUCUCUGGUAGCAGCUCAUACACUUUUCCGUUUUCUAAAAUUAUUUUCCUAAGUGUAAUAUCACCAUCAGGACAUUUUUGGUUUCAUAUUGUUUUCUACUUUCAACUAUGUAUGUAAAUGAAACAGCGGUUGCAAUAUCUGCACUUACAUGUUUUUCUUUUUCAAGAGGAGCUGCUACUAGGCAUUUGCCUUGACCACAUGCUGUGUUGUGGUGUAGAUUUGAGCUGUACUCUCUGUUCUGCUGAAGCACGGUACUGUCAGCCAUGUGCUGCCACACCCUUAAUGUACAGAGCACUGUUACAACAUCCUGUAUCCUCCCUACAAAGCAACUGUUGUAUUUCCCUCCUUAUAUGUAAGUACUAAAGAAAAUACAAUGCA